AAAUGGAUUGCCUUUCACUUUGUUUAAUGUUAAAACGUCAUUUCUUAAAAACCAUGUGAGGGUCUGAGAUGAUGACCUGCUUAGAAAGUGUUCUUAUUUUCAAUCUCUUAUAGCAUUCCUCAGUAACAUCUGGAAUCAUUAUCGUGUUUAACCUUCGUUUUCAAAAUUAACUUUUAUAAUUAUAGAAAUUCUGUUGUUUACUAAAAGAAAUCUUUUUUUAACACAUACUAAUCCCCCUUUAAGAUUUAUAAUAUGUACUGUCAUGAUAAAUGACUUUCACUGUCGAUUUAAGAUAAAAAACAAAAAAAAAAAUGAUGAAACAAUUUACUCCAAGAAAUUUCCUGCUAUUUUUAUAAAAAGAAAAAUGAGCAAUUUUUAUUUCGCGAAAGGAAGAGUGUAAUGUGUUAAAAGUUUAUAUAUAAUUUUUAAAGUUUUUGUAAAAAAAAAUUUUCCAAAAUGGAAAAAGUACAAAAAGAAGAUUCAAAAACAGUGAGAAUUGUGUUUUUUUCAUUAUUACUGGAUCUAUUGGCAUUUACAAUGAUUUUGCCAUUAUUUCCGGCACUUUUGGAACAUUAUCAACAACUUGAUAAUGGAAAUGGAUUAUAUUCUAAAAUUUUAAACAGUAUUCAAACGGUCAGUAUUUUUAUACAUGCUCCUGCUAAAGAAAGUUCAGUAUUAUUUGGAGGUUUUCUUGGUUCCAUGUAUUCUUUUCUUCAAUUUCUUGGAUCACCAAUAAUAGGUGCCUUAUCAGAUGUUUAUGGGCGAAAACCAAUGAUGAUAUUGUGCUUGAUAGGAAUUGCAAUUUCCUAUCUUUUAUGGGCAAUGUCAAAAAGUUUUGCAAUAUUUAUUAUAGCAAGAUUUGUCGGAGGAAUUAGUAAAGGAAAUAUUAGUUUAUCGAUGGCUAUUUUAAGUGACGUUACUUCUUCAGCCACUAGAGGAAAGGCAAUGGCACUUGUGGGAAUUGCAUUUUCAGUUGGAUUUGUAUUGGGUCCAAUGAUUGGAGCUGUUUUUGCAAAAUUUUCCAUGGGACACAGAGAAGGACAGUGGUAUGCUUAUCCAGCUUUAUUUGCAUUUGUUUUAGCUGUUAGCGAUUUAUUGUAUUUUUCAUUAAACUACAAAGAGAGUCUUCCUAAAAAAUUGCGAGCAAAAUCAAUAACUUCCGGUAUAUCCAGUGCUUUCACAUACAUUAAUCCAGUUGAUUUAUUUCAAUUUAAUGGAGUUUCGAGUUUGAAUAGAAAUGAAUUACACCAGUUGAGGAUUUUAGGACGUUCCUAUUUUCUUUAUUUAUUCAUUUACAGUGGUUUAGAAUUUACAUUGACAUUUUUAACUCAUUAUACGUUUGGUUUCACACGAAUGCAACAGGGAUGGAUGUUUCUUGGUAUUGGAUUGACAAUGGCAAUUUUACAAGGAAGUUGGGUGCGAAAAAUACCACCUCACAAAACAAAAUUCUUCACAGAAUUGGGUUUAUGGCUCAUAAUUCCUUCAUUUGUCUGCAUCGCUAUAGCCAAAGAUGUUUUCAUGUUAUAUUUUGGUGUAUUUCUUUUCGCAGUUUCCACGGCAAUGGUUGUCACUUGCAUGAUGACUUUAGUGACAAGAAUUGGCCCUGAAAAUCAAAAGGGUUCAAUUACCGGGAUAUUUAGAUCCCUUGGAGCUUUAGCUCGAGCUUGCGGUCCAAUUGUUGCAUCACUUGCAUUUUGGAGUUUGGGAAGUAAAACUUCAUAUUUAGUUGGUGCAGUAGCUUUAAUAUUCCCUCCAUUAAUACUCAGAAGUAUUAAAUGCUAAUUAAAAUAUUAUUAUUAUUUUCCAAUAAGCGUGAUUUUGUACUCAAAUUAUUUUUCUACUUUUUCAAUUUUGCAGAGAUUAUUUUAUUUUAGGUUGAAUCUAUUUUGUGAUAAAUUUACCUUUUUUUUGAAAAAGCUAAGUACAAUAUGGUAUUUUUGAUAUUUUUUGUAAGACAAUUUACAAAUCUAUUUCUAUAUUAAUGUUAUACAAUGAAUAAAUAUUUUCAUUAUAA